AUGCCCCGUGAAAAGCAGAAGCGAGGUCGCCGUGCACAAGAGAGGGAGAAGAAGGAGGGGGAGGAGGAAUAUAAACGAAAAAGAGAAGAUGACACCGAAGCGCCAGCGGUGAAACGCCACAGAGUAUCCGCUGAAAUCGGGUCCGAAGAUUUCGUUCCGCUCAACGUCGAUGAGGACGACGUUCAAAGACCCGAUAGCAAUGACACGCCAUUUUACGGUCUUCUUGACCCUGAAGAACAGGAUUAUUUCUCCAAAGCAUCCGAAAUAUUAGAGCUGAAUCAGUUCCAAAGCCCGGAAGAACGGGGUCUUUUUGUCGAGAGUGUCUACGAAGAAGCGAAGGGCAAGGAACUGAAAAUUGCCUGCAGUCAAUCAUGCUCGCGGCUUUUAGAGAAAGUGAUUGCGCUCUCGGACACAAAUCAGAUUCGGCGGCUUUUCAGUAAAUUCCUCGGUAACUUUUUGCAUCUCGUACAACACCGCUUUGCAAGUCAUUGCUGCGAAACUCUAUUCACCAUGGCCGCUCCAGCUCUCUCUGACAAGGCAACCAACCGGGAUAAAACAAAACAGCGAAACAACGAGGAAGGUGACGAGGAACAAACACUGCCACUGGCGGAUAUGUUUCUACAAGUCAUUACAGAGCUGGAAGGCAAUUGGGGAUAUCUUUUGACAGAGCGCUUCGCAUCUCAUACCAUUCGCGUCCUUCUCUUGGUCCUAGCUGGGGAACCUGUGGACAUUUCGUCAAACAACUCGGUUGUCGCGAGUAAAAAGAAGGAGAAGAUUGGCGUGCUUCCAGUCGACACGAAAGACCAGGCUGCUUCUAUUACGUCCCGGACCGUCCCCGGAGCAUUUGUACCCACUCUGAAAAAAGUUAUGAAAGACAUGACAUCCGGAUUAGACGACACUUAUUUGAGGGCCUUGGCAACUCAUCAUAUCGGAAAUCCUGUCUUGCAGCUAUUGGUAUCUCUGGAGCUUUCGCACUUUGGCAAAUCAGUUUCGAAGGAUCCCAAAUCCAUUAUCCAUCGGUUGAUCCCUGAUGAUUCGAUGGAAGAAGGUGCUCAGUCUGCUAUUUUCUUGGCAGGGCUGUUAUACGAUCCUGUUGGCUCGAGGCUAGUAGAAACUAUUGUUCAACAUGCGCCUGGAAAGCUGUUCAAAAAUAUACAUAAAAACGUGAUUCAGGACAGAAUAUCAUCUCUAGCGCGUAAUGAAAUUGCCUCAUAUGUCCUCGUGCGCGUUCUGGAGAGGAUAGGGAGAGAUGACUUGCAAACUGACCUUGAUCUCAUCGUCCCAGAUAUUCCCAGUCUUAUCGAGAAAUCACGGCUCAACGUUCCAAAGGUGUUGAUUGAGCGUUGCUUAGUCCGAAAUGUUGACACUACUUCUCUUGCAAAGGCUUUGGUAGCAUCGCUUGACAGGGAUCCGGCUACAAGAUUGCAUCAGCUAUUAAAAACGGAGAAAGAUAAGAAGGAAACCGAGGUAGAGGCGGACACUGAUAAAAUGAAUGGGAAUCCCGAAAUACAAAAGAGUCUGUCUGCCGUGCAGUUACAUGCGUCCCUACUUGCGCAAACAAUGCUGCAAGCCCCCGGGCCCUUGAGCGAUCUCAUAUACGCUGGUUUACUUGCUAUUUCUUCGGACGAUCUUAUAGCAAUGGCGCUGAAUUCAAGGACGUCACACGUGGUACAAAAGGCUCUGGUAGCGCCCACGUCAACUGUUCAAUUCCGUCGCCAGUUCAUUCCUCGUUUUUCCGGUUACAUCAAGAACCUAGCUCUAGAUAAUAGCGGCUCCCAUGUUGUCGACGUGCUUUGGGAAGCAUCGAAGGAUGUUUUCUUUGUCAAAGAAAGACUUGCACAAGAACUUUCCGAUAAUGAGCAGGCACUCCGGGAUUCGUUCCUUGGCAGGGCUGUAUGGAGGAAUUGGUCCAUGGACCUUUACAAACGACGUCGAGGAGAAUGGAAAGCGAAAGCCAAGGGCAUCGUAGAUCAGACAGGUGCCACCAAAAUGAUUGAGAAGAAGCCAGUCAAGUCAAAGCUCGAUCUUGCAAGAGAACGGUUUGACAAUGCCGAGAAGUCUGCAAAGCUUGGGGGCAGCAUGGCGAGCAUUGCGACAAAAUUCCAAUAG